AGUUGAAAGAGCAUGUCAUGAGACCGCAGAAAUUAAUGCACUGCAGCCUGCUUUAUAGACUAUCACCAACCACCUUUCUGACAAAUUCGCAUUUCCUGUGCUGAAAUGUUAAGCAUUCAGUUCUUGCAGCAAUGACUUCAACUGCUUCAGAACUGCUUCAUUUCACACUACUCCAGGGCAAGAUAAAUGGACAUGGACAGGAAAACUAAAAGCUCAAGUACUGCAUGGUGUGAGACACAAGACUAAAAUUCUAACAUGAACAAAAUUAAGUAUUUUUUGAUUUCACUCCCUGCUUUCACACUGAUGUACAUUGUAAUUUCUUAUACUGUGAAACCUAUUGAACAACCUGAACAGCAGAGCUGCACCAAGUAUUGUCCUGAAAUUUUACAAGGCAAAGAAACAGCAUUACAGGCUGGAGAACAGUGUGAAAAAGAGAAGGUAAAAUUAUUUGACAUUCAAAUUCCAAUCAGUUGUUCCAAAAUGAAACUUGAACUUAACUUCAUAACAAGUUCUCUGUCAGAAGAAGAAGCUAACUAUCCUCUAGCUUAUAUUAUUACUAUCCACAAAGAAUUUGAAAUGUUUGUAAAACUAUUGCGAGCAAUUUAUAGGCCAGAGAAUGUGUACUGCAUCCAUAUUGAUCAAAAGUCAUCAAAAGAUUACCAAAGAAAAGUAAAGAGCUUGUCUGACUGCUUUAAUAACAUCUUUCUGGCUUCAAAAAUGGAAUAUGUUGUUUAUGGUGGAUUCUCACGCCUACAAGCUGAUAUAAAUUGCAUGAAAGAUCUUGUAAACACAACAGUUGCAUGGAAUGCAGUUAUCAAUCUCUGUGGACAAGACUUUCCAAUAAAAACUAAUAAGGAAAUUAUCUCGUAUAUAAAGCACAAAUGGAGGGGCAAGAACAUUACACCUGGAGUACAACAACCAUGGUAUAUGAAAUACAGGACAGAGUACAGUUACAAAGAGAAGAUACAAGAAGGUGAAGCCAAAAUUUACCAGCUUAAUCAGACAAAAGAUGCACCACCUAUGGGUCUCACCAUUUAUUUCGGAACUGCAUACUACAUGCUUACGAGACAAUUUGUGAAAUUUGUAUUGGAAGAUGAACGUGCAAUCACACUUCUUGAGUGGUCUCGUGACACAUACAGCCCUGAUGAACAUUACUGGGUGACACUGAAUCGCUUAAACGAUGCACCUAAUACGACCCCAAAUCUCACAUGGGAUGGUGACGUUCGAGCAGUUGUAUGGGCACCUUCUGCUGGACCUGCACUUGAUGGUUGCUAUGGACAUUACACUAAUAACAUUUGUGUGUAUGGCCUAAGAAAUCUAAAAUGGAUCAUUCAACAGCCAGACUUGUUUGCCAAUAAAUUUGAACAAACGACAAGCCCUCUUACGGUAGCAUGCAUGGAGCGAUGGCACAGGGAACGUGUACUCAAUCAAACGUCAGAAAUCAUACAGCCACACUGGCCUUUGAAGGAUUAAAGAUACCACCUGACCUGAAAUUCACAUCCUCGACAACUCUUUUAUUUCUUCCAGCAGUCCCUCAGUAAUUGACAAUUUAUAAAUAAUGCAUCACUGGUGCAACUCUAACUUUAUUGUAUCAUGGACAUUGUUUUUGUCCUAUCCACCUUCUUUUCCUUAGUUUCUCUUGCCUGGCUCCAGUAACGAGCACAAUAAAGCAACCAUAGAAUUGGGAGAACCCUGUGUCUUGAAUGGCUAGAAGAGAAAGCAGCACAUGAGCAGAAGAGUGGCACAUGGCUGGAAUCAAUGCCAGUUGGGCUAACAAGAACAGAUGAUAGCAAGGGCCAGAACCAUAGUCUGUUCCAAAAUAAUUGAUUAAGUAUCAAAAGUUUAACUUAAGCAGUUCUAACUAAAAUUAACAGUUAAAAUUUAAAAUUUUGAUUGAAAAAUUCAGCACCAAAUAGAGAUUAAAUGAAUUGUUAAAUCUCACUAAAACAUUAAAUUUGAGAGUUUUUGCCAAUAUUACAAUAGCAUAAAUAAUCAAUGCAAAUAGUUACAUUUUCAGGUUCUUAGUAAAACAGAUUAGUUAACGACUAUGGCUGUAUCGCCCAAAUACAAUAUCGUACUGGACAAGAUUGUUUCAAAUAUGACUCAAAGACCUAUCAAAUGGACUUUUACAUCUUUGACAGAACCCAAUGAGUCUCUACUGGUGUAAUGCCAUAUUACUUCUAGACAUUGGGAGCAAUGUCACCAUAUGAAGCUAUAAAAUUUAUUAAAAUACUGCCGCUUU